CUGACUUGGGAGUUGGCAUACUUAGCUUCUUCCUAGUCUGCGUGAGAAGUUCAUGCGGUGAUUCAACAGAUGAAUUCAUAUGAUAUGCGCGUGCAUUGCUGCCGCAUGCUGUAGUGUAUGCUGCACGAGUCCUCAUAUAUAUUCGUUUGUGUUAUCCAGGUAACCUGUUCAUUGUCUGAUUAUUGAGAGAAACAGAACAAAGAAAGAUAAUGAUGCCUCUUGCGGUUCUUCCCAUGUUGAGCUCAAUUUCUGUGUCCGAGAGCCUUUUGGCCAUCAUCACAGUAUGUUUGGUGUAUCUUCUCAUGCGCCUCAUGCGUACUAAGAUCCCAGAGGGGCUCCAGAAGCUGCCAGGGCCAAAGCCUCUUCCCAUCAUCGGAAAUGUCCUGGAGUUGGGAAAAAACCCACAUUUGAGCCUUACUGCCAUGAGUAAGCGCUAUGGCCCCGUAUUCCAGAUCCAGAUCGGCAUGCGUCCCGUAGUGGUGCUCAGCGGAAACGACGUGAUCCAUCAAGCCCUCCUCAAACAGGGUGAAGAGUUCGCCGGACGUCCAGAUCUAUACAGCUCGAGGUUCAUCCGUAAUGGCAAGAGCCUGGCCUUCAGCACGGAUCAGGUGGGAGUCUGGCGCACCCGGCGCAAGCUGGCCCUAAGCGCCCUGCGAACAUUUUCAAUGGUGCAAGGCAAAAGCUCAGAGUAUUCAUGCGCUCUUGAGGAGCACAUCAGCAAGGAAAGUCUCUAUUUGAUUGAAAGGCUUCACAAAGUCAUGAAGGCAGACGGGUGCUUUGAUCCUUUCCGCCAUAUCGUAGUGUCUGUGGCCAAUGUGAUCUGUGGAAUAUGCUUCGACCGGCGCUACAGCCACGACGAUGACGAGCUGCUGAGUUUGGUUGACCUGAGCGACGAGUUCUUGAAGAUCGUGGGUAGCGGCAACCCUUUGGAUUUCAUCCCUUUUCUGCGCAUCCUGCCCAACAAAAUGAUGAGGAAGUUCCUGGAACUCAAUGCUCAAUUAGAGAAGUUUGUGAACAAGAUCGUCAUAGACCAUUAUGACACCUUCGACAAGGACAACAUCCGUGACAUCACAGAUUCGCUCAUCAACCAUUGCGAAGACCGGAAACUGGCAGAGAGCUCAAAUGUCCAAGUGUCCGAUGAGAAGGUUGUUGGAAUUGUCAAUGACCUCUUCGGAGCUGGUGUUGACACUGUCAGUACUGCUCUGUCUUGGGCUGUUGUCUAUCUAGUUAACUACCCUGAGAUCCAGGAACGACUGCAAAGGGAGCUGAAUGAAAAGAUCGGAAUGGACCGUACACCACGUUUGUCAGACAGAACGAAUUUGCCGCUUCUUGAGGCCUUCAUUUUGGAGAUCUUCCGUCAUUCGUCGUUCCUUCCAUUCACCAUUCCUCACUGUACGUCUAAUGACACAUCGCUCAAUGGAUAUUUCAUUCCCAAAGACACCUGUGUGUUUGUAAACCAGUGGCAAGUCAACCAUGACCCAGAGCUGUGGAAGGAUCCGUCGUGCUUCAACCCGGACCGAUUCCUCACUGUGGAUGGUACAGACCUGAACAAAAUGGAAGGAGAAAAGGUGCUGGUUUUCGGCCUGGGGAAGCGACGCUGCCUCGGAGAGUCCAUCGGACGUGCCGAGCUCUUCCUGUUUCUGGCCAUCCUUCUCCAGAGGUUGAAGUUCAGUGGGAUGCCAGGAGAAACGUUGGAUAUGACACCAGAGUAUGGGCUUACCAUGAAGCACAAGCAGUGUCUGCUGCGCGUUACGUCACAACCUGGCUUCUAAUUCCCCAGCACCAUGGUGUGAUAUGAAUCCAUUCUGAGGUGAAAAGCUCGCCAUUGGCUCACAAUGGCAGAUAUUGUUUGUCCAAGCAUCUGUUGCAUUUAAUUCUGACGAUGCUGGACCGCAAAGCUUAUAACACAGAGUCUGCAAUUUGUCUUUAUCACCUUUAUCAUGUACAUACAUCUAUGUUUUCAUAUGCACAUGCAUAUUUGCAUGGGUUCUUCCACACUUAUAGUAAUAACAUGUUUUCGCUUUCGAACAUAUAGUAGUCAACAUUUGAAGUGGAUCAAAGCCUUUCAUCAAAGUUGUCAUAAAACCAAAACAAUACCCAUUCUUGUCUUAGGACAACUCUGAAUAACUUUUUUGAUCCACUUCAAAUGUUGCCUACUGUAGUUUAUUACUGUAUCAGCACAGUUAUCAAGAUCAUUCUAAUUCAUUCUAAUAUUUUUGUUGUUUAAUUGUCUCUGUGACCUGAUUCUCUCUGUGGCAGGAGCUUAAUGUCUAAAGUACUACAAUUAAUAAUUCCCGCAAGUGUGGUCUCGUGUCAGCUCUAUCAGCAGGGACAUUGUUUUUGUGUAUACAUAUACACUACCGUUCAAAAGUUUGGGGUCAGUACAUUUUUAUUGUUUCUUUUUUUUUUUUUUUUUAAGAAAUUAAUACUUUUAUUCACCAAGGAUGUAUUAAGUUAAUAAUUAAAAGUUUAUUAAAAGUUAAUAAUAAAUAAUUUACAUUGUUAUAAAAUAUUUAUAUUUUGAAUAAACACUGUACUUUUUAAACUUGUUAUUCAUGAAAGAAUCGUGAAAAAAAAAAAAUUACAGGUUCCAAAAAAUAUUU